UGCCUGGGCACCACCCUCCAUUUAUCAAGCUCUCUUUCACUAUCAACCUUCAGUUUGUUUGACUCUGUUUUGAGUUUUUGAUAUCCAGAGCCAGUCCACAUUCAAACUGCCAAGGGCUAGGUGAGAUUCAACGGGGGUCAUCCCGGUUACUAGACGGAAUCUCAGCCCGACCUCAUCACCUCCCGAGUCUGCAUCAGCUCAUUGCGGCCCUUCCUGUAGCAUCCCUCUUCUUCAACCUUUCUCUCCAAGUCCUGUCUUUGGAGUAUCUAUUUAACAGGUUCUCGCCGAUCGCUACCAUCGGCAAUUCUUAUUUGAGUCUCCACGACGUAGUGCCCUCGAUUUCAAUUCCAACACUUAUUAUCUCGAUACAAACAGGCCCGAAACCUGAACUGCGCGCUGCCAUUUUGGCUCCGAUCGAAUAUAUAAACAUGACCUUUUCGAUUUCGUCGUCGAUACUGCCUUGAUUGGCCUAAACGCUAGAGAUACCGAUCGCAAGUUCGACUUGCACCGAGACAGACAGGCCUCGGUUUGCGCCUAAGCUUUGAUCAAAAGAUAAACACAGACACGGCAACAGAAGUCUUCUGAAACGGUUCACCCUUCAAGCAUCGCCAUAUCGUCAUAAAAUUCCAACAGUUACCCCUCGAUCGAUUUCUCCACCACCGCGCCUCCCCACGUUUCUUACUUGAGCCGCGCAUUCCUCAUAUUGGCCGUCCGCCAUGGAACGGCCAGAUCGACUCGCCGGCUUGUCCGUCAGUUCUGCAUCGCAGCCUUCAGUCACAAGAAGCUUACCCGAAAACCACGUAUCUGGACGACGUCCAGUCCCAAACUCAGCAGCCACAUCUAACGGACCGCCACCACCACCUCCUAUUCCUACCUUGCGAAGCAUUCCCUCCAGUUCCUCUCUUUCUGCCGCGGGCAUGUCGGCAGCUCAAGUUAUUAGUCUCGCGCGUGAGGCAAUGCAAAAUGCCAUCGAAAGCGAGAGCCAAGCCGCUGAAGCAGGCGCCGUCAGCACAGGGCUUAGAACCGGAGUCACAAUUGAUCUCAGUCGCAAAGGGAUCCAAAAACUACCAGAUGAAGUUGUGGAUAUCGUCAAGGGGGAUCUGGAGCGGUCCGUUCCCAUGGGAUCAUCUUUAGGAGCGCGGUCGGAUACUGAUACCUAUACGGUCUCCAGACUAGCAUUGUCUCAUAACCAACUGACAACAUUGCCCGCUCGCUUUUCUGAAUGCACAUCAUUGCGAUAUCUCAACAUCCGGGGCAAUCAGAUCAAGGAGUUUCCUAUGCCUUUGUGCGAUUUGAAAUCAUUGGAGAUCCUUGACCUUGGCCGAAACCAACUUCGAAGUCUUCCUACAGAUAUUGUGAGACUCUCGUCAUUGAAAGUUUUGUCUAUUCCAAAGAACCAAAUCCGGGAGUUACCGCUAUGUAUUGCCGAUAUGGGGUCUUUGCAAGUGAUCAAGUUUGAGGGCAAUCCUAUCAACUUUCCGCCGCGUGAUGCAAUACAAGUGCAAGCCGCAAGCCCCCCACAUGAAGGCAUUCAGAAAGACAACGAAGUUACGGAGGUGGCGGUAACGCUACAGAUCAAACGCUUUCUGAAGCAGCAUGCUGUCAACGGCCGAUCCGAAUCUGACAAUACAGGUGACGAAUCUAGUGAGGGCGCUGAAACCCCUCGCUUCCCAUUGAAAAGGGUUGCAAGUGGGAGAUUCCCUGUCAAAGUCAGUGGUGCUGAUUUGCCUGAUAUUCGUUCACCCAAUCUUGGAUCAAGGGCACCUCCGAUACCAUCGCGAUCACAUUAUCGUGGACUUUCCCAACAAAACAGCGCUUUUCGACGACCCGGUGUCAUGCCAUUGACGAUUGGUAAUGUCAAUGAGCGUGUUCGUAGCAACUCAGAAAGCCUACUGAGGGCGGAGCGGUCAGAGAGCCGCAACAGGCGCAUGGGAAUCGUGUCCAGAAAACCCUCUGACCUUGGUACACUUGAUGAGAUGCAAGCGAAUAAUCGAUUUAGCCAUUAUCGUGGCCUGAGUCAUGGAUCUGCUAUGCAAGGUAACCAAGUAACGACGAAGAGCCCUGCGACUCCAACAGAACCAUACUUGGCACGCCCGAUCUAUGUGAGACGUCUUUCUGUCCUCCCCGAACGGAGGCGAGAAUCAAAAGUUUAUGAUCCAGUCAUUGAAGCUGCUAAGGGCAUCCUCUACUCGGUCUUUCAGAUCCAUCCUAUGAUCCAGAUGCUCAUGAGCUUGACGAGUGAUGGGUCUGCUAAGCGAUCUAGCCUUGAGAUCGUGUUCUACAACACCAACUCCCACGUUGAGGAAUUGGAGCAGGAAAUCCAGAAACACGAGAACGCCUUGGUCGACCUCGACGACCGCUCCCAAAGAGAGAACGAAAACGUCCGUCGAGCCUGUCAAACUUUGGUUAGCGCAUAUGGCCACGUUUGCACACUUUUGGCCGACAACAUUGAUACUUUCGUAAACAACGGCGAUGCUCGAUAUAUUCGAACACUUCUGAUGUUACUUUACAAUAGUAUCAUGGAACUACGUGUGACACUAUCGUCUGUUAGUGCAGAAGAUGGGCGUCGACAAGCAGCCUCCAAGGGGGACCAGAUGGGUGAGCGUCCUCUCAGGGUGCAUGCACGUGAACCUUCCAUUACCCCCACUGUUGGUAGGUCAACCGGAGCUCGCAACCGCAAUGGCACUUUGGUACACCAUCCGGUCAAUUUGCGUGUCGCUACAGAUGUACCUGUGCCUACACCCCUUUCUGCGGCUUACCUCAAUGGCAAUGGUCGAACCGCCACUAUUGCAUCGGCCACUCCUCGAUCUGGAGAAUCUUUCUCCUCGAUAGGUAGUCGCGGAAUUUCUUCCGAGUUCACAGAAGAAGAUCGGCAGUUUGAGAAGAUAUUUCUAUCUUUGCAAAGGUCGACUGAUCUCGUUAUGGGGACACUUCCCAGUUUCCAAGCCCAACUAACAGGCGGCUUGAGGAACGCCAUGUAUCAGAGGACACCAGAGAGUGUAAUUCAGCACUGGAAAGCCUUGAUAACCAUGUGCGGUCAUGUCAUUCAACAGACGGAGAUCCUCAAGAACAGACUGUCACUGAUCAAACUCAAGGAGCCUGGAGUUCGAACACAAGCGAGCUUUUGGAGUCUCUGUAACAACUUCAGUCACUCUUGGGCGGAUAUGAUCUAUCAGAUCAAGUACGGCCCCAACAGUGUUCCACUGCCUCCUGACACAAGGGCACGAUUGCGACCGAUUCAGCAGAGUAUUAAGGAAACCAGCAACAUCAUCUCCAAGUCCCCUUGGCACUAUCUUUUCAACCAUCCCUCAGGUACGCUGAACGGGCAGAUGCACUACCCCCCUCGCGGUAUGUCACCAACCCAGGUCCCGAUUACGCCACAGAGUGCUGCUUUGGGACCCGCUAUGCAGGCGACAGUUCCCACGACGCCGCAAAGUGGUUCAUUCGCAGCAGCAUUCCACGGGAAUGUCUUUGACCGCGCCGACGCUCUCAUGGCCAACCCUGGCAUCUCUAUGGGGCGCAAUGGGGGAUUUGGAAAGGGUCAUGUGGGAUUCAGCUCACUGUCUUCACUAUCUUCUAUGUCCUCAGACGAGGGAAUACUUCCUUCUCAUGGGCCACUGGGACCAGUACCGCUCCGUCUGAACGGAGGCAAAGUUGCCUUUUAGAUCACAGUGCCGUGUCCUUCCUUGGAUCUCGAGGUCAACACUGGCUGUUCGGUGCAAUCGCUGCUGUUAUUUGCAUAAGGCAAAAGGGGGUCAUUUGGUUAUAUCUAGAACUUAUUGAGGCUUUUUGAACUGGCGUAUUGAGGGAAAAGUUCGCCGGAACCCAUUCCUUUACCGCAUAGCCUUGGCGUUUGGGGUUGCCCUUGCAUUUAUUUGCCCAAAAUCAGGUCAGUCGAACUAUAUUUGCAUUUGAUCUUUUACUUGGAGAGGGUUCGCAGCUUGUGUAUGGGCAUAAUGUUAAACGUUGUCUUUUUUGGGAGGAGCAAAAGUUGGGAAGAGAUGCCCGUCAUGAUGACCAACAACGGUCUCCAAAGAUAAAUAGAUACCUGUAAAUGUUGCCGAGGCACUACAUAUCAGGGACUGCAAAGGAUAUGGGUCAUAGCAGAUAGAUGUCACAUUGUACACUAGCACAUAACGAAUCUAAUGCAUCUGGUAUUCGUCUCAGAGACAACGAAACUUGAAUACGAUCCAACAAUAGUCACG